UUUCGUUACAUCAACAGGAAGUGCCCGGAGCCCUCAAACGAAGUAUACUCUCGCAAUUCGCAACUCAAGAGAAACGAGUAGUGGUGUAUUUUCCGUCCAGACCAAUUUCAGACCUCCCUCUUAGCGUGCGAUUGGAAGAGUUACUCACUCAGAUAGAGGACCAAUGUUUAGGACCAAUCAAUUCAGGACCAAAAGUCGUCCUUAUCCGUGGCCAAAGGGCAGUCAUAGCUCGAGAUCUUCCAAUGUAUCUCAGCGUUUUAACAGAUUAUCACUUCAUAGUACAUCUUCCUUUUUGGUACAAUCCAGUACAAAACAAUACAUUCUAUUUCGGAAACGAUCGAGAUACAGAAGUAGAAGAUCCAAGAAAUUGGCAUCUCUUCUUAUGUCUAACGUUCACAGAACGAGAAACUAAACCGUGUUUAGGAAGAGAAGAAUAUUCUAAACUCCACACUUAUCAUAAAGUGAACAGAUUCCCAGGACUUCGAGGUAUCUUAUGGAAGAGGGAUUCUCUAUGUUAUACUUUUUCCAAAGCUAGACUCAUUCCAGAAGUACGCAGACUGCAUCUAGUUCCCACUUGCUAUGUGAUGCCAACUCAAUACAGAGAAUUUCGAGAGAGCCUGGGGGAAGGAUCUUGGAUAAUUAAAUCUGUGACACCAGGUUCUAGACCAGCAGACAUGGGACCGAAAUUGUUAGAUAUUUAUACUCCAUCUGGUUUACUUGAUUUAGAAAUAUACCAGACAAAGAGAGCCGUUAUACAGCAAUUCGUACCCAACAUCCUCACGGUAUUUGGACAUCCCAUAAGUGCACGUCUAUACGUUCUGGUAACAUCCCUUCUACCACUUCGUGCCUACGUAUAUUCUGAAGGAUUAGUUCAUCAUCGUUACGAUCAUCAUAAGAAUUUUCGAAAGAUAACCAGUCGCACGUGGUUAUUAUCGGAUUUGUGGAGAUAUUUAGCAAAAAAUAGAGGAGUGGAAGCAGUUAAAACCGCUUUGAAUAAUUUACACUCCGUUCUUACACAGAGCCUGUUAGUUGCCGAAGCGGUUCUAGCAGAUUCGACACGACAUUCGAAUUUUCGAGAUAAACAUAAAUGGAGAUGCCGCCAUUGUUUCCAUUUAUUAGGUAUAGAUGUCGUGUUUAAUAGCUCGUUGUAUCCGACUAUUAUGGAAGUAAAUGGUCAACCGAAUCUGCAAGAAAAUAGAAAAGAGGGUCGACGUAUCAAUAAAAUCAAACGUUUUGUCUUAAGUGAUAUGAUGACUCUUCUGUAUGAGCCAUCUUCCGUUGCUAGAGAAGUCACCGAUGCCAUCUUGGAGUCAUCAGAUAACAUCGGAGUUUUGGAAUUAAAUUGUCACGUAACGAGCGACAUGUGUUUAAAUUCGGAUGAUAUCAGAUAUAUUUUGGAUAGUAGAAGAGAAAAACUGAAUCAAGGUGGAUUCAGGCAGUUAUACCCCUCUUCAAAUAUCGAAAAAUACGAGGAACUGAUCAACGAGUUGGAGAGACAUUUUUCUGAUGGAGAUUUGGAAACUGAUCCAGGACUAGGACCUGUUAGCAGAUCACCAUGGCAACAUACAACAUCGGAAUUUCAUCGGUUUUUGGUGAUGUUGGAACGUCAUUAUAAUCGUCAAUCUAUGGAUGAUGACUACACCAGUGGUGAUGCCGCUCAUAAAUGGAAAAGUGAUAACCUAACCAAAUUGAUGGAUAACUGGAAUUACGAAGAGGUAUCUUCUGAUAAAAUGAAUUUCCAAAUGGAAACAAACGAAUUUCCAAAGAGGAUUAAAUGCAGCGAAGAUCCCAGUACGAUGCCUUAUAUAGCUUCUUUGAGUUUGGAACCAUUUUUGAAUAUUACACCUCCAUUUUCUCCUUCCAUAUCGGAAUAUUACGUCAACGUGACGUAUGACUUGAUGCUCAUCAAAAUUGCAGCCACUUCGCAGAAUUGUCAGACUGAAGUCAGAAUUGAUGACAAAUUUGGAACUUCCAGACUAGAAAAGUAGAAAAUUCAGUCAAAAAUUCAAGAAACUGUGAAAUUUUUGGAUGGAAGAUUUAAAAAAUAUAUAUAGC